GUUCAAGCCCAACUUUGGAGCUUCAUUGCACAUCCUAAAAGUAGAAAUAGGAGGCGAUGCUCAAACCACAGAUGGCACAGAACCCUCUCACAUGCACAGUAAGGAUGAAGCCAAUUUUUUCCGUGGAUAUGAGUGGUGGCUUAUGAAAGAAGCCAAAAAGAGAAAUCCAAACAUCAAGCUGAUUGGUCUUCCCUGGGCAUUUCCGGGAUGGGUAGGAGAGGGAACCCAAUGGCCUUACUUCUUUCCAAAUGUUACUGCCGACUAUGUUGUUACAUGGAUAUAUGGAGCAAAGCAGCAUCAUAACCUUGACAUUGAUUAUAUUGGGAUAUGGAAUGAAAGAAAAUAUGAUCCAGUAUACAUUAAGGUGCUGAGAGAUACUUUGGACAGUGUUGGUUAUACAAAUGUUGGCAUCAUUGCUGCAGAUGGAGACUGGUCCAUUGCAGCUGCCAUGCUGGAGAAUCCAUAUCUGAAUGAUGCUGUUGAGGUGAUAGGUGUCCACUACCCAGGCACCAAAACAGUGGAGGAAGCUCUGUUAACAGAGAAGAAGCUCUGGUCCUCUGAAGAUUACAGCACCUUCAAUGAUGACAUUGGUGCCGGAUGCUGGGCUCGUAUAUUAAACCAGAACUACGUGAACGGCAGAAUGACCUCGACUAUAUCCUGGAAUUUGAUAGCAAGUUACUAUGAGAAUCUGUCUUUUGGUGGAGAUGGGCUGAUGACUGCCGAGGAACCCUGGAGUGGACAUUAUCUAGUAGAAUCUCCGAUAUGGAUGACUGCACACACUACUCAAUUUACACAGCCAGGCUGGUUUUAUCUGCAGACUGUAGGGAAUCUCGCCCAUGGAGGAAGUUACGUGGCUUUAACAGACCGUCAAGGGAACCUCACAAUUGUUAUUGAAACCAUGACACACAAUCACUCUCAGUGCAUUCGGCCUCCUCUACCGCAGUUUGACGUCUCCCCUCAGAAAGCCACAUUUCAGCUCAAAGGUUCUUUUGCACAUCUCACUGACCUUCAAAUGUGGUACUCAAAAUUGGAUUUUGAGACCAAAAAAGAUACACUGUUUCAGCGGAGCAGUCCUGUUAAGGUCUAUAAUGGUUCCUUCACCUUAAGACUAGAUGUUGAUGAGGUUUACACGAUCACGACAGUCAACACUGGACAAAGAGGCUCCUACCCAGAGCCCCCCAAAUCCCGCCCUUUUCCAAAGAAUUACUCUGAUGACUUCACUGUCGAUAACCCUCCAUUCUCCGAGGCCCCGUAUUUUGCUGAUCAAACCGGUGUGUUUGAGUACUUCAGAAAUAGCACAGAUAAUGGCUCGCAUGCCUUUACCUUACGGCAGGUGGUCACUGAACGGCCGGUCACCUGGGCUAGAGAUGCCGACCAGACCAUCAGCAUAAUAGGGGACUACAGCUGGGCAGACCUCGAUGUGUCCUGUGCCGUCCUCAUUGAAACUCCCAUCACUGGAGGCGUGUUCCUGGCGGCCCGGGUUGAUCAAGGUGGAGAGUCCGUCAGAGAAGCAAAGGGUGUCUUUUAUUGGAUUUAUGCAAAUGGCACCUAUAAAGUGACAAAUGAUAUAGGUGGACAAAGAGUUCUUGCUGAAGGGCUGUCAGGAACAAGGGAAGGUGUAUGGUAUACCUUAACCCUUAGUGUCGUCUCAUUUGUAGCAUCACCGUUAAAAGGCUAUGCCUUCGGGAUUGG